CUAAACUUCAGUCUCAUCUAUCCCUGUCUCCCUCCUCAGCUGUCUUUGCCGGUUAUUUUUAGGUUAAAUUCUAAAAUAAAUUGAAGAAAGCUGCGGUGGUACAUACUCUUGGUUAUGAAACAAUAAAGUGGAUCUCUGUCGCCCCGAGAGCGCCAGUCUUUGUGAGCCAUGUCAGGGGACGUGCAGCCAAGGAAACGUAAGGAUAAAAAGAGGAAGAAAGAUGAGCUAGGUGUAGAUGAAGGCCCUCGUGGCACGGCCGCAGCGCUUGGUGAAGGCGACGUGUUUAUGCAUUCUCCCAACGACCAUGGCACUGGAGGACACUGGUGUGCCAAGAUCAUAUUCUUUUCAUUGCUCGCUGUACUUGUAACUCUAAUUGGACUGAUCAUACUGGAGAACAGAGGUCUUUCGGAAUUAGAAGCAAAUUCAGUAGAGUCUCGAUAUUCAGGAGUUCUCGAAGGUUGGUUGGAGGAUGCACCUGAUGAUGACCACCACGAUGAACAUACUCUGGAACUGAAACAUCAUGAUGAUGAUGAUGAUGAAGAUCAUGAUGAUCAUGAUGAUCAAAGUCGAGAACUAGAUCAUGAUGAUGAAGAUGAGGACCAUGAUGACGAUGACGAAGAAGGCGAAGAUCAUGAUGAUGAUGAUGAAGCCGAGGAUCAUGGUGAUGAUGAAGCUGAUGAUCAUGAUGAUGAUGAAGACGAAGGUGACGAUGAUAAUACACAUGAAGAUGACGAUGAUGAUGACCAAAAAGUUGCAGAAAGUGAUGAAGAUGGUGAUGAUCACGAUGUAGUCGAUCAUGAUGCCGAUAAUGACGAUGAUGGCGAAAACGAAGGUGAUGACCAUUCCGCUGACGACGACGACGACGAUGACGAUAAUGAUGAUCAACAAGACCAAGACAGUGCAGAACAGGGUCCAAAUAAAUCUAUUGAGGAUGACGAUGACGUUAAGGGAAAUAUUGAAGAAAGUAGUGAAGAUAAUGAUAAUGACGACCUACAGAAAGUAGAUGAAAACGAAACUGCAGAAGAUAAUGAUGAUGAUGAUGAUGAUGAUGAUGAUGACCAAAUUGAUGAUAGAAAUGAUAGUUUAGAGAACAAUGAUGCUGAUGGUGAUGAUGAAAGCAAUGAAAAUGAACAAGAUGACAAAGAAUCACGUGAAAACGAGGAUGAAGAAGAACACGAGGAGGAAGAAGACGAUUUAGGAGUUGAAGUAGAGAGGCUAGAGAAAGAAGUUUCUGAUGAAGAUGCUUUGUCCGAAGAAUCACCUGCGGCUGACGCCGAAAACGAUGAUAACGAUGAUGAAGCUUCGAAAGAAGUGGCUUCCGAAGAUGUCGACGGAGCAGAUGACGAUGGUGACGAUGAUGGUGUUGCUGAAGAUGAAGAGUUUUUGGAGCCAGGCGACAUUGAAGAGGAACUGCCGGUUGUAGAACAUAUCGUGGCGCCCAAAGGAAAACCUUUAAUUGAGGUUGAAGAAGAACCAUCAACUGCAAAGCCAGUAGACACGCUCGCAGAAGAAGAAGAAUAUGAGAAACAACAAGAAGAAUUGAGAAAGGAGCAGGAACAAGCUUCUCACAUGUGGCUGAAGCUGGUGGUGGGUGGCGCGCUGCUCGUCGCCACUCACGCGGUCGUGCGCCGCGCCACUGCCCCGCGCGAUGAUACACCAGCAAGUGACGAGCACGGUAGUAGGGAGGAAACACCAGUCAUAGACCGACGAAUGACGCUCAUUGCUGAAGAAGCAGCCGCAGAUGCUGUGCCAAGUGAAGUUGUUGAAGAAAUUGAAGUACCAGUUGAAAAAAUUAUCGAAAAGGUUUCCUCUGUUCUUAAAGCUCCUCAGAAACAAGAAAGCGAAGAAGAAGAGGUAGAGGAAGAAGAAGAAAACGAAAAUGAAAUUGAAGAAACCAAGGAUGUAGUUCAGAAAGAGUCGACAAAGGAUAAAGAAUUGUACAGCGACGAAGAAGUUGAAGAAGAGGAGGAGGAAGAGAAAGAAAUACAAGAGAAGAAUGUGAAAGCUGUAGGAACUGAACCUCUGAAACAAACCGUACCUACGACUUGGAAGGAACCAGAGCCUGAGGCGGACGAAGAAGUACCUGAUGACGUAGAAAUAAUUGACGACGAACAACUUGAAGAAGAAUUGGAGGAAGAGGAUGAAGAGGAAGAGAUAUCUGACGUGGAUGAUGCAGAACUACUCAGUCGGCUCGAAGCUAAAUACGGACGGCUGCCAGAACCGGAACGACCCGGACAAAAACACAAGGAUGGUGGGAACAGUAUAGAAGAUGAUUGGCCAGGAGAGCCAAGCGACCAGUACUGGCGCCAGCAACUCGACCAAGCUGAAGAAGAGUUGCGCCAGGGCGAGUGGAGCGCGGCCAGUAAGCGCGCGGGCGCGACGCAGCUGGCCGGCAGUGCGCGCGCGCGCUGGCUGCUGGCGCGGGCCGCCGACGCCGAGGCCGAGGCGCGCCGCGACAACAGACUGCUCACGCGAGCCAUCACCGCCUACCUCGACCUGCUCAAGAUGAACGAACGCCUUACUGACCACAAGCUACUGCAGGUCGCUCAUCGAACACUUGACAGAAUCCGAUUCAGAGGCAAUUAUCUGAGUGCUGAACCUGUCUACAGGCUUCUCAUUCGCCGGUUUCCUGAUGUUCCUGGUUACUACAACAACUUAACAAUAUCCUUCCUUAUGGCUAACAGGGCUGAUCUUGCAGAACAAGUUUUAAAAGACACUCUUAAAAAGUGGCCUGAUGAUCGAGUAGCUUUAGCUCACCAUGGCUUCGUACUGAAAACUCGACAUAACCGCCUAGAAGAGGCUGUGGAGGCCUUUCAAAAAGCUUUACAGAACGACACGGGUCCUGCAACCGAAUCUCGAUUCUAUUACCAUCUAGGAGACUCACUUCUCUUAUUGGGCCGAUACGCAGAAGCCCAUGAAGUCCAUAAACGAGGAGCUGCUAUGGGAUACUUUUUGUCUCCUUCACAACGUUCACUGUAUAACGUUGAUCGUCUAAAAAGCCGUCCAUGGUGGAAUAUAGAGCAGACUCCUUAUACAAAACUGGCUCGCGCUCUUGAAAGAUCAUGGAAAGAAAUUUUGAAGGAGGGAGAAGCAGCUAAAGCUUUAUAUGAAAAAGAGAAGGAGGGUUUAAAGGAGCGAGGCGAAUGGUCGCAAUUAGACUUGUUUGUUAGAGGCCAAGAAAUUCCCAAUAGGUGUAAACGUGCGCCAGUCACGUGUUCGAUCGUACGCUCAGAAGUCGCUGCGUCGGGCUGUCGCCGUGGGCAGGUCAAGUUUAGUGCUAUGGAGGCGGGCACCCACGUGCGACCUCAUGUCGGUCCUACUAACUGCCGGUUAAGAAUGCACUUAGGUCUCAGUAAUACCAAAGAUACUUACAUUAGAGUGGAUAAAGAAACGAGACAGUGGCAAGUGGGAAAGACGUUCAUGUUUGAUGAUAGUUUCGAGCAUGAGGUGUGGCACAAUGGCACGGGGACCCGUUUGGUUCUCAUCGUAGACGUAUGGCAUCCUGACCUUACGCCUGCCGAGCGACGCUCCCUGCCGCCCAUUUAGCACCACGUACCGCAGUGCAAACCUUUACGAUACCCAUAUCAAUUAGAAAACGCGACUUAAUCAACUGCAGCGCGAAUAAUUUCAUAUAAGAAUGUACCAAACUGAUUGAGACUAAUACUUUGAAAGUAAAUAAAGAAACUAGUCAAUUUACACCAAUACGUUAGCGUUGCAUUUAAGGCAAAGUUUGCCUCGCCUAUGUAUUAUUCAAUUUCUCUUCUAGAAUCUCUGUCUUGUACAAAACUAUAUGAAUCAGUAAGGAACGGUCGAUUUUUAUAGAUAUUUGCAUUUGAUCAAAUACCACUAACAACUGCAUUAUCCAUACCUUUUAUCAACAUAAUUAUAGUCAACUAAUGUUUUAAUAUAUUUUUCUGUAUAUAGUUGGCAAUUUAACAAAUUUACUAAAAAACGGAAAAAACAUUAAUUGACUAAAAUUACGUAAACCAGUAUUUACUAGUGUACCUUGUGAUAUAUUUUUGCGAUCUUAUAUAUGUAUUUUUU